AUGUAUGAAGACGAAAUUUAUUGCCUGCUUUCUUGUGGUCAAAACAAACAGGCCCUAGAUGUCAUUAAUAGGUGUUACGAAUAUUGCUAUGUCACCUCAUCCAUCAUGGCUCUUGAAUCGGUUGCACUUGCCAGGCUAGGAUUUACCGAACGUGCUCUGACCCUGUGCGAUGAGCUGUUUGAAAUAGCAGCUGCGGAUUAUAACAUAUUCCAUCUAUUGGUAGAAGCGCUGAAAACAUUGGGUAAAUAUUCUACAAUUGAAAAACUCUGUAAAAUUGUGCUAAAAUACAAUAAUAAUCAGGAGGAAUAUCUCAAAAUACUACUCAAUACAUAUGUCAGAAUGCUAAAUUUUGAUUUGGCGCAAAAUAUUGCCCUUAAAAUUUUUGUCAAGACUAAGAAUCAGUCCAUGGGCAUUUUGUAUUGUCUAUUUGCCAUAUUUAAAGAGAAUCCUAAACCAGACUGCAUAGUUUUGGCUCAAAAAUUUAUGAAUAAACUAGAUUUUUCGGAGUUUAAACCACAAAUUCGCUUAUAUCUAGAAAUCUCGCUCUUAAUUGCUCUAGAAGAUUAUGAUGAAAUAAUUCAGUAUUUUCAUAAACAUAAACUACCCCUCUACGAAAUUGAUAACUUGGAAUUGCUUAUUUUUGCCUACGUUAAAAAGGGUGAUUACGCAUCGGCACUUAACUUGCUUGGCAAAUGUUCUAAUAAAUCGCUAAAUAUGUCCAUCUACGAAAUGGAUCUCUGUCUGAUAUCAAACGUGCAAUAUCAAUGCGGUGAUGAUGCUUAUUUGAAACUUGAAUAUAUUAAAAGACGAACUUUGUAUCAAUAUUUAUGUGCUAAUAACAAAAUUCCAAAUUCACCGGAUGAUCUAUGGUCAAAUCAUUCCUCUGAGUUGAGUGAGUACCUAAAAUUACUUGAAUCAGAAUUGAUUAAAAAUAUCAAAAAGCCUCUCUUUUUCAAAUAUGCUUCCAAUUUCCUACCUUUUGUCAAUUUCAUGCAUCAUUUGCUAGAUAAAAUUGAUGAUAACUGUUUGAUGUCUAUAAUAAACUGCGAAAAAAUCAAAAUAGCAAGCAAAUAUUUUGACACCGCCCCCAUUCAUUUUAUUGAUGAACGUAUUGAUUUUUUUUCAAGCAAAUCAAAAACUGAUCCCACUCUUGAACUCGCAUUACUACUAAUCGAAUUCCACCUAAUCAAAUAUUACCGGUGUAAUUUUGAUGUAACUAUCAUUUGCCAAUUGCUAAAUACUGUUGAGUACAUAUCUAAUCAAGUUAAUUCUACAGUGCUUUACAAUAUUUUGAUCGAUUUAUACGGAACACUUGGCUGUAUUGAUAUCUCUAAGCGCUUUUUCAUUAAAAUGAACUAUAAAGAAUCUCUAAUAUCAACUCAAGCGUCACGAUUCCUCCACUAUUCAUUAAUAUCACAACGCAAUGAUCUUGUAGAAAAAAACUCUGAAAUAUAUUUGCAAUGGCACAACACGACCAGAUGUAACAUAUCAAAUUCUCUAGUGACUGCCAUUGAAAAGAGUCCUCACAUGAUUGCGCAUUUGAGCAAGCUGGAGAGAUUACACUCAACUUCUGCGCUUAAAUGUUGUCAUCUAUCGGCUAAAUUUAUAAAUUUAAUUGAUUUGGACAUGGAUAAGGUGAUUAACGGGUGUAAACUGUACAUUGAUGAAUUCAAAUUGUUAGUAAAUGGCGAAAUGAACUGGUACUAUAGGAACACUACUUCAUGUUUCUCUAAUUUAAUAAUGCCUACUUUCCAAUUCUCCUGUUUUAACUCAAUUCCUCUUAUCACUCUCAUGGAUAAAUCUGACCAAGAUAAAGAUAGUGUUAAAAGUGGAUUUGUCUCCAAUGAUAUGAAAGCACAAAUAUUACCAAAAAAUACAACAUAUUUUGAAGAACCGCAGUUUCUAUUCCCUCACAAAUUUUAUAGGAAUUUCACAAACAGCGCUAGUCUUAAUGAUAUUAUAACUGGAUGCAAAUAUUUUCCUAAACACGCCAGUAUUUAUCGCCAUACCGAGUCUGCGCUUUACAAGUUUAAUUUGGAGACGCACAAAUUUAUAGAGUUAGAGACUCAGAUAUUUGUCCAUAUUUUAUUAUUGAUUUACACUGUAUAUGAAGGAUCUAGUAUAUCGAAUAUUGCAUUGUCGCUGAAGGAUUAUAUCGCAACGUAUUCAUUACAAUUCAACCACAAAUAUUUGACACUAAUUUCACAGUUUUCAAAUAGCGUAUUGGAUGCUAUAAAAAAAUUGGUCUCUGGUGGCCCCGAAGAGAUGUCAAAUGAUAUCUUACACAGCACGAUCGCAUGUAUCGAUGAAUGCAGCAACAUAAUAGCUCUACCAAUCAAUAAGAAUGACGGUAAAAUAGAUACAAAUUUACUAGUAAUCACUAGUAAAUUUGUAUCGCUAAUAUCCCUCAUACCCAAUAGGCUAGUGUCUGUUUUAAAGUGGAUAGUACGCAUACGUAAAUUGAGAGUGGAGACGGUAGAUAUCAACAAUUCACUAGAUACUCUGGCAAAUCAAGUUAAUCUGCUUGUCUGCAAUGUGGAAAAUUGGAUUGCUCUCUCCAGUGAUAUGGACGAGAUGCAACUGCUGGUGUGUAAGAGUAACAUAACCAAUCUAAAGCGUUUCAACGUUAUUUAA